AUGCCUCCCCCAAACCCGGCCAACGACGAAGCUCACCAGCAACUAUUGAACACACUGGACAUCGCUCAUGCCCCGAAGUCAUUCCGCAACCCCAACUGGAAGCCAUCCCAACGCCGAAACAAGAAUGUCAAACAAAUGAUCUCUGAGAGCUCCCGCAAGGAAGCAUCGGUGAUGGCGACUCAGGCCAACUCGGGCGCAACCACACCAGGGACCUCGGGAGCGAUCACCGAUGGCACAAGAACUCCUGCAGAGGGAGCUGCACCAAACCUGUCACAAGCUACCCAGAACCUCUCAACUCUGGUCCUGGAAAAGAACGCCCGGGCGACGAACCCGACCGGGCCUGCCGUGACCUACACGAACAUUGAAUCGGCGCCCUCGUUCAAUCCCGCCUACCAACACCACUACUGCGAUAUCACCGGGUUGAGCGGGCCAUACACCGACCCAAAGACCCGUCUGCGGUACCACGAUAAGGAGAUAUUCAAGGUCAUUCGAACCUUGGCGCAGGGAGUUCCUGAGAACUACUUGGAAGCUCGCGGAGCUCACACCAUUCUGAAGUAG